UUACACACUCAUUUUCUGCUACUUUACUCACAACAAAGAAAAAGCCUGUAUCCGGAUCCGACCCGACCAAAGAGAGAUGGUGUAAUAAGUAUAAUUCUCACAACAACUACAGGGAAGGAAAAAAUGGGACAGUGUGCGUCGUACCGAUUUAAAACAAUCGAUACGAGGAUACCAAGACAUAUUCAUGCUAGAAAGAUGAGUAAACAUGACAUGCCAAAGAAGAAGAGUGAAACAGGCAACUGUGUUGCUGUUAGUGAAAUUGUGCACACAACAACCACGUGUACGCGAAGCACGACGUCGUCGUCGAGUUCCACAAUUCAAGUCACUCAAAUGGAAUGGCACCAGAGUCAAAUUGAUGCAAAUGUGAUAUGUCAAGAAGAGUCAUGGUUUGACUCUGUCAGCAAACUUGAGGAAUCAGAUUCAGAUGAUGAAUAUAGUAGUGUGGAAGGAGAUAGUAUGCUGCACAAAAAUGGACUUGGAGGUUAUGAAAUUCCGCUAUCCAGAAACAUCGGUGAUCCUAGCAACUUGAGCAAGAUUUUAGACUGUCAUCAUGGGAGCUUGAAUGGUAUAAAAGAUGAUGUUGUCAUCAUAGGUACACAGACUGAGACAAGGAGAUCAACAGUUAUCAAGCUUUCAUUAAAGAGAGCUUCACUUGAUGGGGAAGAACCCAAUGAAAUCCAAUCUUCCAGAAACUUCUUUUAUCGUCCCCGAGCAGGACUCUUGAUCCCAUGCUCUACAGAUGAGAAACCGACUCCUGGAUGUUGGUCUGUAAUUGACCCUUCAUGCUUCAAUCUCCGAAGUGAAUCCUUUUUCAAAGACAAGAGGAAAAGCGCGGCCCCGAAUUAUAGUCCUUAUACUCCAUUUGGUGUUGACCUCUUUAUGUGCCCAAGAAAAGUUAACCACAUUGCUCAACACAUUGAGCUUCCUUCUUUAAAAGGAGAUGGCAAAUUGCCUUCUCUCCUCAUUGUCAAUAUUCAGUUGCCUACAUAUCCUACUCCUAUGUUUCUUGGUGACAGUGACGGCGAAGGAUUGAGCCUUGUUCUAUAUUUCAAACUCUCUGAAACAUGUGAGAAAGAUAUGUCUCCUCAAUUUCAGGACUUGAUCAAGAGUUUAGUUGAAGACGAAAUGGAAAAAGCAAAAGGUUUCAAGAAAGACUCAGUUGUACCUUUCAGAGAAAGGCUAAAGAUCAUGGUCGGUGUGGUCAACCCCGAUGAGCUUGUUUCCAAUAAUACCGAAAAGAAACUCUUGUAUGCCUACAACGAAAAACCCGUCCUUUCGCGCCCUCAACACAAAUUCUAUCAGGGUCAAAAUUACUUUGAAGUUGACCUUGACAUUCAUCGGUUUAGUUACAUAGCAAGGAAAGGUUUAGAAGCAUUUCGCGAUCGCCUUAAAAAUGGGAUAUUGAACUUGGGCCUUACAAUUCAGGCCCAAAAGCCAGAAGAAUUACCAGAGAAAGUGCUAUGCUGCUUGAGAUUGAACAAGAUUGACUUUGUGAAUCAUGGUCAAAUACCUACAAUAAUGGCCAUGGAUGGAUAUUAACAUUCUUUGACUUUAGUUCUUUUUUUAUCACCAUUAUAAACAUUUAUACCUAGUGAAGCAAACUAUAGUUGUGUCCCUAGGUCCUGAACAAAAUACAUAGGAGGAGAUAAAGAUCAUGUUUUUUGACUUGUAGAUGUCAAUAAGUCAGUAAAUAUGGUUGACUUUUUUUUCAUA